AUGCAAACAUACAUAAACAUAAAAACUGUCACAGGUAAACAUUUAACAGAGGCAAAUACAUUAAUUGGAAAUUCACAAAUACUUUUAUUGGAAUCUACUGGACGACUGCAAGACUAGAACAAUAAAUUAACUACUCUCAAACUACUAGAAAUCGCUGGAAUAGAAAAGUCAACCAUGUAGGGUUUAUCCUUAAUAUGUCUCCAACUUCGAUUCACUACAUUCCUACUAUUAAAAAAAUAA